AUGCCGACGCCAAGCAGUCGUCGCAAUGCCAACCGCGCGCGGUGUCAGUUUGCCGGCUGCGAAAAGUUCGCCCAAACCCGUGGCCUCUGCAAGGCGCACGGCGGCGGCUCGCGCUGCCGCGACCCCCAGUGCAACAAACUCGCGCAGAGUCGCGGGCUGUGCAUUGCACACGGCGGCGGCCGGCGCUGCCAAGCCGACAACUGCAGCAAAUUGGCGCAGUCGAAAGGCUUUUGCAUCUCGCACGGCGGCGGCCGCCGGUGCACGAUCCCGAGCUGUGAAAAGUUCUCGCAGGUCAAAGGCCGCUGCAAGUCGCACUCGAAGCUCGUGGUCGGCCAUCCUGCAGCGGCGGCCUUUCCGUCGUUUCCAGGCGUCGUGACCCCGCCCAGCUCCACGAGCUCGGCCGCGAUCUCGCCCACGAGCACGAAGCUGUCGAUCGACUUCCUGCUCUCGCGCAGCGCGUCGAUUGGGGACAAGGCGCCGGUCCAGCCGCACGUGCACGGAGGUGUGCCGGCGCUGCGUUCCGUGCCGCACGUUAUUGCGCGGCCGUUCGUGUGUUCGACGGCGGGACGAGGCGGCACAGCUCGAUACGACACGGACGUGCUGGCCACGCAGCGGUCCUUACUCUCGUUUCUUACGCCCUACCGGACGAGUCUGUCGUACGCGGCCCCGCAACAUCAUCAGUAUGGCAAGUUCCAGUUCCACGGUCCCGAGACUACCGUUGCGCCGAUGUUUCGCUAG